UCCAAUUACUUAAAUUAUUGGAGGAUGAUUUUCCAAACCGUUUGAGUAGCUAUUCGCCAUACUUUUACCAAUAGUUUCAAGAGAUAGCGUGUUUUUUAUUUUACUUUGUAGAAGACUCUCUUGUUCUCAUAUUGUUUUCAAAGGACUACAAAUUUCGUCGUGAAACCUCUCUCCUAUGGCACACUUUGGUACAACUACACAAGCAAAGUAUUGGCUAUUUACUAUCAAACAAGUUGACGAAAUGAGAAAGAAUAACAACCAAGAAGCAAGAGAAAGAUGUAAGGACCGAGUAUCCAAUGGUGAAAUCGAACCACUUACACUUGAAGAGGAAUCCAAGUUGCGAAGGAUAUAUGAAAUAAAGAUACAGAAGAAUGCGGAAAAGCUAGGAUUACCUGAGGCAGCUCAAGCUACAGCUGUUACUCUUUUCAAAAGAUAUUUUCUAAGGACAAGUGUUAUGGAGGCAGAUCUUUCAACUAUUGCAAUAACUUGUUUAUAUUUGGCAAGUAAGAUUGAGGAAUAUUACAUUCCUUUCAAAGAGUUUGCUGCAGUUGUAGAGACCACUCUUUCUGUGGAGCAGCUUCUUUCUUUUGAAAUGGAGGUUAUGCAAAGAUUGGAGUUUCACAUUUCUUGUUAUCAUCCUUAUUUAUCCUUUUCUGCAAUCUGGUCUUUGUUGGAAGAAUGUCAUUGGAAUAUGGAAGCAAGGAAUGACCUUGUAGACAAAAAGAAGCUUUAUUCUUAUGCUCGUUCUCUUAUUCACACGAGUCUUCUAACUGAUUUAAUGUUUUUUCUCUCACCUGGACAGAUUGCUUUAGGCAUAAUAUCCUAUGCAUUUGCUCAUUUUCAUAUUUCGUUUCCAUUCGAGUUAUUAUUGAGUUUGAAGAGCGAAAGGAAUGAAGAGUAUACAGUGGAUGAAGAGAAUUGGCUUGCAUUAUGGGAACAAUCAGUAAAUGAGGUAAAAAAAGAAAUGUCAACUUGUGGAGGUCUUGAUACUUGGAAUAUUUCCACAGAAACAGAAGCACGACAACUUUUGAAGAAAUUAUCCUUUUGCAGAGAUCCUAGAGUAGAUCCUACGAGUACUGAAUAUUUGGAAAUGGUAAAGAAGAGAGAAAGUGAUAAGGAAAUGAAACGAUUGGAGAAGAAUCGUGCAUUUUCAGAAAAGAGAAAAAGAGAAUUCGCUAUGAUUACUGGUAUAGGAGAAGACACUUUUCAAGAUUCGGAGACCAUGUUAAAGAAAGACGUUGACUAUUUACAUACUGUUAACUCAAGUAAGGAAUUGGAAGAGAAAAACGAGCAAACUAUCCUGUUGGUUGAAGACAAUAAGAACAAGAAGAGAAGAAGAAGAGGAGAAUGAGAGAAAUGGGUUCAAAGACUUUGGAUGAGCAGCCAUGGCUGGGUCUAAGUUAUAU